AUGGCAGGCCGUGUCCUGCAUUCCCUCGCCCUCCUGGCCGUGGUGGCGCCUGCAGUGCUCGCCGCAACGACCUGUGGUGGCGGCACCUUGUGCCCAUCAGAUACGCCCUGCUGCUCACAAUACGGCCAAUGCGGUGUUGGCGCCUACUGUCUCGGAGGCUGCGACCCGGCCAACUCGUUCAGUCUCGAUUCCUGUGUUCCCGCACCUGUUUGUCAGUCUAAGACGUACUCUUUCGACAACCUUGAUGGCAUAGUUGCCAACACCAAAUACCUCGGAGACUCGAGCAAGGCCGACUGGGUCUCGUCCGGCACGCCCUUGUCCUACAAUGGUGCGGUUUUGUUGACCAUGGCUCAAGACACUGUUGGCACGCUAUUGGCUAGCACACACUACGUCUGGUAUGGAAAGGUAUCUGCCAAAUUCAGCACUUCCGCUGGUGCCGGUGUGAUCACUGCCUUCAUCUUGCUCGGGGACUCCAAGGACGAAAUCGACUUCGAAUUCGUCGGUGUCGAGUUGGAGAGUGCUCAGACCAAUUUCUACUCGCUGGGCAUAACAAACUACAACAAUGGCGAAAACGCUACCGGUCUGUCCGACGUCCACGAGAACAUGCAUGAGUAUGAGAUCGAUUGGCAGCCUGACACUAUCACAUGGUCUAUUGACGGGAAAGUGGUCCGAACCCUCGACCGCGAGAGUACCUGGAAUGCCACUUCGAACCGCUAUUCCUAUCCUCAAACGCCCGCUCGAGUGCAGCUGUCGCUCUGGCCCGGUGGUCUUGCUAGCAACGGCGAGGGCACCAUUGAAUGGGCCGGCGGUCUCGUGCAAUGGGACUCGCCUUACAUGACUAACGGGUACUACUAUGCGACCUUUGACGAGGUAUCGAUUGAGUGCUACGACCCUCCUUCUGGCGCAAACGUCAAUGGUACCAAAUCCUACAUUUACACCGACAAGAGCAUGACCAACAGUACGGUGGAGAUCACAAACGACAACACCAUUCUCAAGUCCUUCUUAGCCACCGGUACCAAUAUGUCAGCCGGUUAUGCAAGCAGCUCGGCCAGCGCAAGCGGGACCGCCAAAUCCAGCGAUGUCGCGACCAUCCCGGGUCUAACAGGUGCAGGUCCUGGUACCAAUGGUCAGCGCGGAGACAACUCAUCGGACAGCAGUGACAGUGCCAGCAGCAGCGUCUCCGGAUCGGCCACUGCCAGCGCCACAGGCAGUGCAUCGACCGGUUUUGUUCAAGGUGACGGUGGCUCUGGCUCAAAUGGCGCCGCUCAAUACGGCGGUAACAGCGAGUCUGUUCUUCGAGGCAGCCUGUUCGCUGUCGUUGUUGCCCUUGUGGGUCUUUGCAUCAUGUGA